AUAGGUGUCAUAGGGACAGCUGGGAGUGAAAUUUUCGACCAAUUUGUUUUUAAUCAGUGCAACCAUGUCCCGACGAGCGUGCCUGUCGCGAGGGGGCGUGCCUCAUUAAUAUUAAACAGCGCCGUGGAUGUACUCUGGGAGGUGUGACGUCACGUGAGCGGCCCGUGUUCGUUCCAGCUGAGCGAAAAGCUCGAACGGCUUCAGCUCAAAGUGUGCGGUUACACACAUGCAGAGAGAACUGAACAGAAGGGCUGACCACAAGGGGAAAGAACGAUUGAGCGACUGAACGGAAAAAAACGUCAACAUCCCACCAAUCGCACUACGCAGCAGAAAUUGACUCAGCAACACUUUCUUCGUUUUGUUUUCAUUUGUUAUUUUGGAGACGACGCAAGUUGCACGCAUUCAAGAGUUGAGCGCGCAUUAUUUCAUUUCUACUGAAACCGUUGUAUUCGGUUAAUUUGUUGCGUUUUUUCCCGCAUAUGUCUUGGACAUAACGUCGUUAUUUUUGACAUCCGUCUCUAUUUAUAAGUUCCAGCAGAAGAUAAGCUGUCAACAUUUCUCUGGAAUUACUGGGAAUGUAUAUUUCUAUCCACUCGGACAACCUACAAUCAAAUGCAACCAGAAUGGCUCAAUUUGCUUAAAACCAUAUUUUCAAAUAAAGUAUUGAAUCACCUAAACAUCUAGCGGUCAAGGGAGCUCAAUCCGGCUGACGUUGGAGGAUGGCCAGGCCGCUUUCACAGCUCCUACCCCCGGACCUUCCCUCCGCCGGUGCCAGUCCUCAGUUUGGCAACAGUAGCCAGGCUGUAGGCUCACUUAACGGAGGACACUUAAACUCCACUGCAAACUUAAAGUCGCUCCUGCAGCUCCCAGUGAAGGGCGACCAGCGCGUCAAAGACUGUAGUGAAAUGAAGGGUAAGGACAGGUUGGAUAUCGAUGAAGACUCUCUCAGUCGCUGUCCUCUGCGCAACGGCUGCAGCAAUGGACUAGUCACUGACAGCAACGGUGCAGGCACGGGCAACUUCUCUAACGGCAACAACAGUUCCUUCCUGGGCCCGUUGCUAUGGGAACGAACAUUGCCAUGUGAUGGCGGUCUGUUCCAGUUGCAGUACAUGGACCUCGAGGAGUUUCUGACGGAGAACGGGAUGAGCAACAUGCACAGUACCUCAAACUCCACGUCGGCUCAGAUACCCUCACAAAGCUCUCAGUCCGCUGUCCCUAACCAGGGUUCCCAAUGCCCCCCCACCUCGCCCCCACAUUGCUCCUCAUCCUCCUCACCGACAUCCACCACCGCCUCUUCCUCGCCCUCUCUGCUCGGGCUGGACAUGCACACGCCGCAAAGCAUGAUGGGAGCUGCAGACUGCUUGCAUGGCACUCCGCCAGGCAACUUGGAGCCAACGGCCUCACCUUCUUCCACCACAUGUCCACCACUCCCUACUCCACCAAUCGCUAAUUGCAAUGAAAUGAUGGCGCCCUUUGACCCUGAUCCUGCGGACGUUGCACUGUCAAGUGUACCUGGACAGGAGGCGUUUGACCCCCGUAGCCAUCGGUUCAGUGAGGAAGAGCUCAAACCUCAGCCCAUGAUUAAAAAGGCUCGCAAGAUGCUGGUCCCUGAUGACCUGAAGGAUGAGAAGUAUUGGAGUCGUCGUUGUAAGAACAACGAAGCCGCAAAACGUUCUCGUGAUGCGCGACGACUGAAGGAGAACCAGAUCUCAGUGCGCGCGGCCUUUCUUGAACGUGAGAACGCUGCACUCAGACAGGAAGUAGCGGACAUGCGCAAAGAGCUCGGCCGGUGCCGUAACAUCCUGAACAAAUAUGAGAGCCAUCACUUGGAUCAAUAAGGAGUCGAAGAAAGUGUUAUGAGAUGAUGGAUUGAGAAGACAAUGAAUGUCCUUUAUGAUAACUAAAAGACAGACGAAAGUGCAUCAGAAAUAUGGCAUGAUGUAUGAAGAAGGCACAAGAGCUCGAGUUUUAAACUGGAGUGAGAGAGCAUGUCACCUCUCUUAAAUGUUUUUUCAGGAGGUACCAUGGCGAGAUUUUAAUUACGGAGGUAAUUGUAUAUUUUUAUAUGAUAGAAAUAUGCUCAGUGGGGAGAGAAAAUUUUGAAAAUAAUUUUUGUAUAUUUUCUAUAUCUUUUGGAGGGCUGUAAAGUAGUGGCAGAGGGAACUGGUUAAGGUAUCAUUGUAACAUAAAAUCAGGUUCAUGUGGUAUUUUUUUUUUUUUUUUUUUGAAGCGAUCAACUCCUUAGUUAUUGAAGACUUUCGAUCUUGUGAAGGAUAUAAAUGAGGGGCAGAAUUAAGCCUAGGCCGUAACAUCAGAAAAAUUUGAGAAAAUAACUUUCUAGAAAAAUGUAACUGUAAAAUACUGAAAAAAAUAUAUAUAUACAUUUGAAAUUUGUAUAGAAAUGUUAAUUUAGAUUUAUUCAAGCACUUCAACCUGUGCGUAUUAUUUAGCAAAGGUGACAGAACAACCACGGAUGAGGGGAAUGACCGGUGCAUCUCAACUCUUUGGGGAAGAAUAUUGUUUAUCAGUCUACUGCUGAUAUUUAUUUGUCAUUCUCAAAGGAAAACGGAAUAUGUAAUGAUGGCAAAGAAAGACAUGCAUUAAUUAUCAUAUUUUAACUGCAUUUAUUGUGUUUAUUCAUUUAAUGGUGAACUCCGUAUGAUUCUUUCUCUUCUUAAAGUUGGUAUCUCUUCUCUACAAUGUACUUAUCUUUUUAUAGGAAUCUACACUCACAGUUGCAAACAAAAAAACAGCUUACAUCCACAAUGUGCAGAUCUUAAGUGAACUUGUAGAGGCUGUUCUUGCUGUGCAAAAACACAAUUUGGACCUCUAUGGAUUGAAUAUAUGGGACAUGACUCAUCUGAUUGCAUAGAAUGAUUCCUUGUAUCGGAUGCACAGUAAACUGCAUUUGAAAAAACAGGUUGAUAUGUAGACACACGUCUGCACUUUUGCACCUGUAUAUGCACUUACUUUUGUUGGAACAAUAUUGCAUUUUUACAACCUGAUUACCAGUGUCAGUACAAAUGUUUCAAAAUCUAUUAGUUUUGUGGUUCCAUGUUAUUUCUCCAGUCAUGUCUUUUUCUUUCCUUAACGACCAUUAAAGUAACUUCACUUAUUAUGAAUUAUUAUUGAUCUGAUCAUUAUUACUAUUGUUGUUAAUAAUACAAAUGAUUUGUUUUUGUUUGUUUUAUUUCCUUGAUAUUGUCUUUUUGAAUGCAAGUCUCCUCUCAGCUGUGGAGAUUGUCACUUCCUGUUUGUUAUAGCAUUCAUUGUCAACACCAGCUGAAAAGUGUUGCCAUGACAGCCAGGUCAAUUUGUGCAUCAGAGGAAUGCUAUAACAACAACAAAAAAAACUCUGCUUCCCCAAAAUUAAUAGAUUUUUUUUCUCUUUAUUUCUGUACACUAGCAUUAUAAAGACCCAUCAUAAUAUUUGCGCUGUCUUUCUCUUUUUUGUGCAUGUAGGUGUUAAAGCUAACUGCCUUUUUUUGCCCAGUAAUUUGCCGCCUCAGAAACCAUAUACUUUUGCAGAUGGAUUUUGGGUAAUGUAGUCCUUACUUUUCUGCACUUCCACAUGUGGAUGACUAUGAACAUUUUGUGUUGUGACUUGUUUUUUGAUGUACAAAUGCUCUAAUGCACCAGUGGUACCCACACUGCACCUAGCCAAAGUAAUGCAGGGGAAUGUAGUCUUUUUCUCCAAGACCACAAAUAAACUAUUGUUCUUACUCACAAAA